AUGAAAUGGUCAUCGCGGGGUCGAAUCCAUAAUGCAAUUAAUGGAGGCAAUGAUUACAUAGUUCGAACUUUGCUAGCGAUGGGGUCGGAUAUAGAGGAGGUUGAUUCCGAAGGGCGAACGCCGCUUGCCCUCGCUAUCUAUGAGGGCCACGAGCACAUCUGCGAGUUAUUAGCAGGGGCAGGGGCAGACAUCGAGAAGGUUGAUUCCGAAGGGCGAACGCCGCUUGCACUCGCUGCCUACGAUGGCAACGAGGCCAUCUGCAGGUUAUUACUAGAGGCGGGGGCAAGCAUUGAUACAUUAGGAGGGAUUGGAAUCAUACACAAGGCAGUGCACGAGAAGAGGAUUGAAUUGGUGCGGCAGCUGCUUAAGGCGGGGGUGGACAGCGAGGAGGUUGAUUCCGAAGGACGAACACCGCUGGUAUAUGCUCACCACACACGCCAAUGGGGCAUAUGCAAUUUAUUAGUAGAGGCAGGGGCAAGCAUCGAUAUGUUACGAGGCAUUGGGAUCAUGCGUAAGGCGGUGGAAGAGAGGAAUAUUAGGUUGGUGCGGCAGCUGCUUAAGGUGGGGGUGGACAUCGAGGAGAUUGAUUCCGAAGGGCGAACGCCGCUUGCACUCGCUGUCUAUAAGGGCUACGAUGACAUUUGCAAGCUAUUAGUAGAGGCUGGGGCAAGCAUCGAUAUGUCACGAGGCAUUGGCAUCAUGCACAAGGCGGUGCAAGUCUGGGGGGUUAAGUCGGUACAGCAGCUGCUCAAGGUGGGGGUAGACAUCGAGGAGGAUGACUCUGAAGGGCGAACACCGCUUGCACUCGCUGCCUAUAAGGGCUAUGAGCACAUCUGCAAGUUAUUACUAGGGGCAGGGGCAGACUUCGAGAAGGUUGAUUUCCAAGGGCGAACACCGCUUGCACUCGCUGCAUAUGAGGGCUGCGAGGCGGUCUGCGAGUUAUUACUAGAGGCCGGGGCAAGCAUCGAGGAGGACCGCGGUCACUGGGGCACGACACCGCUACUCCAUUCAGUUCGAUAUGGGCAAACAGCAAUUGCAGAACUCCUGAUAGAAAAAGGGGCCGACGUUUGCGCACGAAACGAUAAUCAUGAAACGGCGAUACAUUGUGCGCUUCAAGUCGCAGAUGCAAAAUCACUGAUUUGUAUCCUGGAAAACGGAGCACGGGGGCUUGUGGACGAACGCGACAGGUCUGGUCUUACGGCGCUUCACAAAAUAGCCGCAGAGAGUUCACUCCCAUUCGCAAAGGCUUUGGUUGAAGGCGGCGCAUCUCUCCGUCUCAACGACGGACGCGGCUGGACACCUUAUCAGAUUGCGAUGAACUCCUCUCCACACGAAGCAAAAGAGGUCGCCGAAUACCUGUGGUCCCAACUUUCGCCGGAUGAAAGGAAGUCCGAAAUCCCGCCGUCUCGAACAUUGGUGUGA